GCUGGAGGGAACUUGUACGGACAUCAUCCUUUUUAUACAUGUAUGGAGAAUGACGGAAAAGCGCACGGAGUUCUGCUUAUGAACAGUAACGCUAUGGGUAAGUAACACAACAAAGCUUCCCCAGUAAAAAAAAAAAUAAAGGCGCUACGAAAAUUGUGAUGUUCGAUAUGUCAAUGAUAUAAUUUCUAAUAACAAAAAAUGUCAGCGGGUAACAGAGCACUGUUACCUCGGCUCUGACGUAAUAGACUAUGCCCGCUGCUCAGAUUCGCUAAGCGACGUUUGGCGGGAAACAGUUUUACAUAUGUCAAAUAACUACAAGGAAACCUAGAGGAGCGCGCUGUUGGGGAAAAUAUAAAUCCAGUUAUAUAACAAGAACGAUUGACUCUAGUCACCAUGUUAAACAAGAUGACUGUCUUGUUUUACUCCUUGUAGAUGUUGCCUUGCAACCUAAGCCAGCCAUAACAUACCGUACAAUUGGCGGGAUUCUUGAUUUUUACGUUUUCCUUGGACCUAACCCUGAAGAUGUCGUGAAACAGUAUACAGAGGUAUAAGAAUAUUUCAGUAACUUUAUGAUCGUUGUCAUCACAGCGCUUGGACAGUUCAAAAGGAAUUAUUGGUUUCAGUUCUUUGUUGCUUAUUAGUGUUGUCAAUGGUGACGCUUAACCGAUACCUGCGAACAUACUGCUAAGUAAAAUCAAUUGUCAAAAAAAAUCAUUUCGCUGUAAAUCAGCGAUGUAGUUUGUCAAUUUUAUUGAGUAUAGAAUUCGGUCUGUCACCUCUAGUUUCUCCUAUGUUUCUCCUUUUUUCCUUCUUCUCUCAUAACAGUCAUUCAGGUGAAGGUUUCUUGCGUGUAACCUUAUCAAGUAGCCUUUUCCGGACACAACACCACAUCACUGUACAUGAGAUUAAUUUCUGCUUGGAGUUUUGAUGCUAUGAUGCAAUGUAAUAACAAUGUUUCACACUCCUAUUAUUUCUACUGUAUUUGUAUAAUCGUUGUUGCAAGAGUGACGAUAUUUUCAAACCGCGAAAAAUCUACGACAUGUUACUUUCACUCCACAUUUUUUUUUUCAGACUAUAGGCCGCACGUUUUUGCCACCAUAUUGGUCUCUCGGAUUCCAGUUGUCCCGCUGGGGCUAUAACAAGAUUGAGACUGUGAAGGGGCUGGUAGCGAACAUGAGCAAACACAACUUACCACAGGUAUGAAGCUAACGUUUUCUCAACCUCGUCCCCAGGGUUCUCUCCUAGGUUGACGUUUUCUUUUCCUUUCGACCACAGAGUUUCUAUUAAUUACACCUUGUACCCUUGUAGCUCUUCCUGUGAAUGUGCCCUGCGGGAAGGGUACUCUCUAUCAUGGGCUAUACGGAGAUGCUCCGCCUGAAACGAGAGGGGUAUCUCACUGAGUUUCAGAGAGGGUAGGGAUUUUAGUAGUUGAAGUAUAUGAAAAGGUAGGGAAAUCUGUCAAUUCGGUCUGUUAAAGGACCUCAAAUAUAUGCCUGUGAAAAGACAAUAUCACUUCCGGUUUAGUUAUUUGUCCAUACGGUAAUUUAAAAAAACCUGUGAUUACCUUUGGUUUUGAUUUUGGGAUGUUGAAAACCAAAUCCUCUUACUAACACCUAAAUAUAUAUUUCUGGAGAGUCUCUGUCAAUUACAUUUUUUUCUGCCAUUUUCAGGAUGUGCAGUUUGGUGACAUUGACUAUAUGAUAAGAAUGAAAGACUUCACUUAUGAUCCUGUUAACUUCAAAGGAUUACCUGACUUUGUUCGCUCAAUAAGGAAAGACGGCUUACGUUACAUAAUAAUUCUGGUUAGUAUAAUAUUUUGUCUUUCCAUUGAGAAAAAUGUAGAAGAAAAAUUACUGUCUACUUUUGUUUUCUCCUUUUAUUUUCCGAAGCCCAUAACGAAACAAACACAAAAGUUUCGCAACGUCAUCUAAACUGUUCUAUGAUAAGCAAACUGACAUCCUUUGUGUGCAAUAACGUUAUAUAUGUAUCUUUUUGUAUUCACGGGGCAGCUAUCAUAAAAACUUCGAGAUAAAGGCGAAAUAAUGAUUAAAAGCAAGCUGUUAUACUGAGCAAAGAAUAGAAAGGAAAACAAAGGGAAAGACAAGGUUUCAAGGAGUUUAAACUGACCUAAACUACAGGUACCGAACCACGCUUGAUUUCGACUGAAACCGCUGACCAUCAACCUGAGAGCUGUCUAGGUAAAAGCUUCGCAUAAAGCAAGAAGCAAUUGACGACUUAACAGCUUAAACAAAGCACCGAACCGUGUUGUUGUUGUUGUUGUUGUUGUUGUUGUUUAAAAAAUAUUUUGAAAUCUUCUGUUUUAACUGGCGAUGAUAGGCUAGUGUCGUAUCUGUAGACUGGGUAGUGGGAUAUGACCUAAAAUGUAUGUAAGUGUAAUGCAGUAAGCGUUUUAGCCAGGUAAAAAAAGAAUUCUCUCCGUUUAGUAGAUUAGAAAGACCAACAUAAAUAUCUACUAACAUUUUAUCAUUAUCUUUUUUUUUCACCAAGGAUCCCGCUAUUGGAGCAAAUGAUACUGGCUAUCGCCCUUAUGACUGGGGAAAUGAGUUAAACGUGUUUAUUAAGGAUGGCGACACGGGGGAGAACCUUUUUGGAAAGGUAACGGUUAUCUUAAAAUUUCUCUGGGUAUGAAUUGAAUAAUGGAGCAGAAAUAGCGUUAUAAAUAUAUAUAAAUACGUAUGUAUGGGGUUCCGUCUGAUGUGCGUCACACAAUGAUCAGCUUCUUCUUGGUUUUGAUAUCACUUAGUUGGAAAGCUAUUCAUUAUUCACGUGCGCUCUCAGUACGUGUACUGACUUCUGAGAAUAAUUCGAACGAACUCAAUAAUUGUUUUCCUCUAAUUGUAACAAAACUAAAUAAAUCGUCCGUUUCAAUUACAUGUAACUUACGCAUGUAUUGGGUUAGGAUUAAUUAAGAUCGUUUAGCGGUAUUGUGAUCUGUUUUAGGUGUGGCCAACAUAUGAAAAUGUUAAAAUCGACGAAAGUUUGCCAUGGGACGAAAAAACAAGGGUUAGUGAUUAUUAGUAAAUUAAUAACUAUUUAAAGGUCGCAGAUCAAUGUUUCUUCGUGCUCCUGAUUCUUGGUCGAAUUGGAAUGAAAUGUUGGUUUUUGAGAAGAGGGGAAAACCGGAGAACACGGAGAAAAACUUCCCGGAGCAAAAGGAGAAAACGAGCAACAAACUUAACAUACAUUUGGCGUCAGCGCCAAGAGAACCCAGGCCACAUUGGUGGGAAGCGACUGCUGUCACCACUGCGCCACACUUGCUCCUAAGUUGUAGGUGCAUAGAUCUUCUUCUGUACUCUCCUCUCUCAUGACGGGUUGUUGCUGACAAACCUGACUAAGAACUAGUUAAGAAUGACUUUUUGAACAAAACAAUGGAGACGAACUAGCACCGAACCACUGGAAUUCAUCAAGUUAAAAUGAAUACGUUUAAGUUCCUAUGAAAUACACUUAAUUUAUUUCUCGCCUCUUCUUAUUUUAGGCGUUUAGUCUGUAGGUAGUUAUUUACUACGGAACUGUUAAAGCACUGCUGAGCUCAGGAUGGUCAUCACUGCAACUGAAGUUCAAAAUGUUGUAACACGCCCUGGUAACAUUAGUCAAGAACAUCCGCUCUGGAUGAACCCAAAGCCCAUUAAAAAAUUGUUAUUAAGAGUAUAGUCGUAUUAGCGUAAUAAUUACUUGGAAGAGUUUUCCGGCCCCAUCUAACAUAAGUUCCUUUGACAUCCUGUACAACAUGUGAAUUGCCUGCCUUGCUUUGUCAUGGUCAGCUUUUGUCGUGUGAGGUGGAGUGACUCGAUAAAGUAACAUAUUUCACCCAUCUUUUAUAUUUUGUUAUUUCUUUUUCUAGCUAUAUCGUCAGUAUGCUACAUUUCUAGACUUUUUCCACCCAAACAUCAGCACCUAUUGGGGUAAUCUUAUUCAAGACUUCUACAAAACAAUCGAGUUUGAUGGCCUGUGGAUUGUAAGUGCAACACUUACUGUUUUUUGAUCUCCUAGUCGAUCUUACGAGACCUGGGCCGGGUUGUUAAAAAAGCUGGGGAAAGAUAACCCAGGGCUACUGCGAGAUGUGAAUUCAGAUAUGAGAGCUUAAGAAGAAAGUUCCACUAUAAGAGGAUACUCGAGAGAAAUUAGAGAGCGAAAUUUACCGGGAAAAUGCUUUUAAAUAAAGGAAAAAGUAAUCGGGAUUUGAAUUCAUUUUUAACACCGGGUUAGCGCUAAUCAGCCUUCCAAACUGAACCUUUUCAACCUGCUUUUAUUUGCGUUUAGAAGCAUGGCAAUUUUAUUUAUUGCUAAAUCGCCUAAGAAUUAGUUUCCCUAAAACACUAAACUAAGCUACUUUCUCCAAGGACAUGAACGAGCCAGCCAACUUUGUGAAGGGAAGAGUAAACGGCUGUAGUAAAAACAAGUGGGACUAUCCUCCUUAUAAACCAAGUGAGUAUUGAUGCUUUCAUGCGAGUAAUCGAACACUUGGGAGAAAUCAACAACUAGAGCUAAAACCUAGAAAGCUUUUCAAAGUAAUCAUGCUAUAAGCUCUUCAAGGGGUUGCCGCUCUUAUCAAGAGUGGAGACUAGGUUGUAUUAGGCUCAACGCAUCAAGCUUCAGCUUCUGGUGGUGGGGUUUGAGCUUUCCUGUAUUUUCUUGCUAAGAACUGGAGAACGUUUUCCUGACACUGUAGCUUUCCACCCAGAGAUCAUACUGACGAACAACUCCUGGGCGUUAAGAUAUGUAUCCUGAGUAUUGUAGGCGGUGAUUAACUCGCUUCUUGAUUCCAGACCCAAGUUGUACAUAAAUCGCUACCGUCGAUACAGAACUGAAUAAAAGCCUAAAGAUACCCCGCGAUGAAAUAACCUACUAUUUAGGUGGGAGUGGUAAGAGGCUAGUAAUACUGCUGAAAAAAUCAAGUUGCAGAAACCGUAAUAAGAUCUUGGCCGUUUGAGCCUUAUCUUGCUUCAGUGUGCCCCUACUUACCUAACUACCCUAUCUACCUACCUCCUACCUAUCCACUACCCACUCACUUACUUACCCACCCAUACACCCACCCACCCACCUUAUUCUACCUUACUUGCCUAGAUCGUUUACAUGUAACUUCGCCAAAUGCAUGGGCGAAUUUGUGCUGGAUAUGUUUUUUAAACUUCUGAGAAACCUUCAUUCAUCAUCUAGUUAUCAUCCUCGAAGCCCUUCUAUAGCAUAAAGACGAACACGAGAAGAAUAUUGUGUCAAAAAGGCCAGGAGUUUCUUUUGCAGUUUGUGUUGAAUGGCGUUGGAGUUACCAUAACAGAGCGUACAAAUAUUAACAUCAUACAUCAUGUGUUCCUCUUUAUGUUAGACGGUAAAGGUAAAUGUUUGCCCGCGUUUUACUCAGAUGGGUAACACAUCUCUCUUCUUUGCAUCUAUUCAGGAAUCAUUGGAAACAUCAUGGCAGAGAAGACUGUUUGUAUGAACGUGCGGCAGACAGAUAAUUUACAUUAUAAUGUACACAGCCUGUAUGGCUGGAGUCAGUCACGAGUUACACUUGAGUAAGUUUCUAGUGUAGCUUGAUGUUCUGUGGUCGAUUUUAUUUUACGUGUAAUUUGUUCUAUGAGUCGAUGUAUUGUUAGGACAGUUUCGCUGUCGGUGAUAAGCAGACCUACUACAGAUUGUACUGGGCUUUAUCUUUCAUGUUACAAGUUGAACAAAAAGUUUUUUACUGUGUUUUAGUAUAUUUGACCAUAUUGACCAUACAGCAAAGAGCUGGACCCUCUGUAUCUGAAAUAUUUCCUCAAUUAAAUGUUUUUCAAGGAACUCUUACUUUAGAAUGUAUACUUAGCGGAGGAUAUACUCGAGGGUCGCCCUUUUUAAGCAUACCAAGUAACCAGGCCUUAAAUAUGUGACAAAAUUCCGUUCUUGAUAGGACCCAGAUGGGGUUAGAAAGCGAGGAAACGGUGAAGGAUUUUUUACCAUCCAAUUUUCUGACAACUAAUUGAGUACCAACAUUGUUGUUUUAGAGCGGCCAGGAAAAGUACAGGAAAACGCAGUCUUGUGAUUUCAAGGUCAACUUUUCCCAGCAGUGGAAAAUAUGCAGGGCACUGGCUGGGAGAUAACAAUGCCUCAUGGGAUCAGCUAUAUGCGUCAAUCAUCGGUGAGUGACAUAGUGUCAUGUAUGUGUGCUGCAAAGUUUUACUUUCUAAACUUGCCUGACUCUUGCCUCUGGUUCUAAUUCAACCAUUUUUUCCAUUUUGUAGGGAUGCUUGAAUUCAAUCUCUUUGGAGUUCCCUACGUAAGUAAGGCACUUGAAAGUCACUUGAGGUGUAAGUCGCCACUUUUCGCGUGUUUACUGUUAGUCUUCUAUGGGCUAUGUCUGAUUUCCCCGAAAAUCCAAGGUCUGCCUGAGUUAUUUAACAUGAAAGGGUGGCAUAGGUGUAACUCAGAAAAAGGGAAGAGAAAUUAAACAUCGGAGCCGUGUAUGAAGACUUUUGUAUUAAGAAGAAGUCCGCAUGAAAGAAAACUCAAAGCAGAUCUGUCUCACAAAGGACGUUCUGAGUCUUGUUAGACCUCUCGUUGGCCUUGCAAAUAACAAAACACAAAGCGCUGAGGUAGGUAAAGUUUAAAUGCAGUAGAAACAUUGAUUUAUGGUGAUUGCCUCUCCUUUUUACAUGCAGUCAUAGAUUAGAGUCAGCAGGCUCUAUUGUGCUCGCGGCUACUAUAUUGUGAGACAAACGAUAUUCCUCUUUGCUUUCGUCGAGUGAAAUCCUUGUUAGCACGCCCGCUUGGUUUAAACCCUCACUUCAUAUACCGUAUUUACUUGAUUAAGGACCGCCCUCUAAAAAGCGUCGCAUUUGGGACAAAAAAAGUUAGUAAGAGGCACUGCUCCGAUGCAAUCAUAACCAGAAGACGUUUCUGUUACUUACUGAAAAUGAUAAUACCGGUGAAAAACAAUUCUUUGUCACGUUUAACUUUCAAUUAAAACCCGCUCUCAAAUAAGCGCCACAUUUGUGUCAAAAGGAUCAAACGCCGUUACGCUUAUUCGAUUGAAUAAGGUAUUCAGUAUUCUCGUCCUUAAAAUAGGUUGGAGCAGACGUCUGUGGAUACUUUAACCAUCCUACCAGUGAAAUGUGCCUUCGAUGGACUCAGCUUGGGGCAUUUUACCCUUUCUUCAGAAACCACAAUGGGUUUGGAUAUGAGGUAAGGCAAGAUUCAAUCGACCCUCGAAACUCGUCACCACUCAGGUCUGGGUAGUGCUGUUAAAUUGAUGAAGUAAAUUUUCAACCAAUCAGAAGCACUACCCAGAUCUGGGUAAUGGCACGCCAUCAGGUGAAUAGAAUUUAGCGGUGCGAAAAGUUGGCUGUUUUCUCAGACUAGAUCAACUCCUUGCCAUUUGUUUUAUUAUCUGCUGCUUUUGAUCACUUGCCUUAUCUAACAACUAAAGACGCGGAAAUAAUCCUUUCUAGGCACAAGAUCCAACGGCAUUUGGGGAUGAAUUUGUAAGCAAGGCCCGCAAGGUGCUGCAUACACGCUAUUGGCUAAUACCUUUUCUGUACACGCUGUUCUACGAAGCAAAGGUGUAUGGAUCCACAGUGGUCCGAUCUCUGAUGCAUGAGUAAGUAGUCUUACUGCCAAUAUAAUAUUUCCCCUAAUUAGCCAAAAAAGAUGUCAUUUCGUCAAAUACUAAAAAAAACAUUACGAUGUGAAAAUAUGCCUGCAAAGAGGUUUCAUUUGGAUGGUCACCAGGAUUUUUGUUUUGUCCACAAAUGACGGCAUGGACAGCGGAAACCAAUCGUAAGCGUCUGUUGUAGGGAGGUGCCAGGCUUAUAAAGGUGACUGUUAGAAGAGAACUGAGAGUUUUAUGAUUUAAUGAAAUAUAUCUAUCGUUCGUCAGAUUCCCAGAAGAUAAAACUACGUGGGACAUCGACCGACAGUUCCUCUGGGGAUCAAUUUUGCUUAUUUCACCUGUUUUGGAUGAGGUAUAGUUCAUAGUUGUAAUUCAGCUCAAGUUCAUACUAAUCCCUGCAAAUUUAUUUGAAAGACGGAGAGGCUAGGUUUCCGAGAACGAGAUUUUCUGAAUACGAAGUAGUAUAAGCGCGUGAACCAGCCGUCAUUUUGGCGGGAAAUCUGGGAUAGCCCUCGUCAUUCUACUUCGCUACCGCGAAAGUCCCCUCUACUAACUAUGAGAGUAUGUCGUAGUGGCGGAAACAAGUUAUCAAAUGUUAGAGGUUUCAUCCUUUUGUGCUUGGGAGAAGGCUUUUAAAACAUCUGUCAUUAAAAACAACCGUGCUAAUUUUUUGGGGAAAAAGCACAAUGGAGGUUUAAGGCGGUGCAUAUUUUAUCAGAUCUCGUCCUCGAAUCUAAAGGUGUCUAUUUUAUGUCUUAUUUUCUUUUCUUUUACUUGCAUCCGAGUUUCUCUUUUUUAUUGAAAUGUAGGUGAUAAUUUGCCACCCUCUUUUUGUUUAGGGCAAAACUAGCGUGGAGGUAUAUUUUCCAGAAGCUCGUUGGUACGAUUAUUACACAGUAAGUACUUGCAGAAAAGCCGAAAAGUUAAAAAAACAUAAGACAAUAUAAACGCAUCCUGUUUCAAUAUUCCUCUUUUUUCUUAAUUAUCUCUUUUAAGUUAUACUGAAAUACUAGUCGUUGGCCUGAUGUUGUGGUUUUGUGGCUCCCUUUUCAUAAUAAUGAGAAGACCAUACUGAGGAGAUUAAGCCGGGCGCUGACGAGUUUCUAGCGUUAUUAUGUAAAUCAUGUUGCUAUUAUGCUGACUAAUUUUUUUUUUUAAAGAAUGAUUUUCUUAAGAAAAGGAAGGAGGUUUGUAUCAAAACAAGGUCAACCUCAGCCUCACUUUCACUCAGAUGCUAGGGUGUACUAUGCACAUAGUUGGCCAUAGUUGAAAAAAAAAAGGUCCAUUCUGUUCAAGUCAGGGGAACUGUUUGACGACACAAGACUGCAGGGAGUCGGAGGAGGAAUGGCUGCGUCAGCUUAUCCCACAAAUUAGUAUCCAUUUCCAACGAAAGACCUCUACAUUCCUAACGGCAGUGUUUCCACAGGGUAAAGAGGUGAGCAGCCGUAAAAAAUAUGUGUCAGUGGACGCUCCUCUUGAUCACAUACCUCUUCAUAUACGCGGUGGUUACAUUCUUCCCAUUCAGGAACCUGCCAAUAACACUGUAUUCAGGUAAAUUUUAAAACCAUGAGCACUGAAACAAACUCAUAAAAGAGUUGAAGAGACACAAGUAACACUUGACUUAAAUACACUGAGGUGAGAAAAGAGUUCUGCAGACCUUAGUUAAGAAGCUUUUUUAAUUCCAAAGUAGGCUGUAAAGGGGUGUCUCGAAUUAAAAACUGACUUUCAUUUUUGUUGCAGCCGUAAGAAACCGAUGGGUCUGAUUGUUGCUCUUGGAGAUAAUAAAAAAGCUGAGGGAGAACUCUUCUGGGAUGAUGGAGAGUCCAUUGGUAAGCUGAUACGCAAGAUCCCCUUUUUUUUUUCAAGCAGAUCUCUAUAUGAUAAUAAGGUGGCAUAACAAACUAUUAUCAGUUGGCAAGAGCCAUAAUUAUGGCUCUUGCAGUUGGUUAUUGGUAAAGAGCAGUGUAUCAGUGUUCCGUGUCGCUUGCGAUCUCUUGAUCCCGCCCUGUUAAGUAACCAAACAGGACGUGUGUAUGUGAGAUUAUACCAAGAGAAGUCAAACGUUUUUUUCUCUCAUAUCGACCCGUGGUCUAAUGUUCAAAGUAUUCGGCCCCCCUGCUAAAGUCAGACAAAUGGGUGCUGCCAUUUAGCCAUCUGCAUUAAUUACUUUUUUUUCCUUAGACACCGUGGAAAAUGAGAAAUAUCUGCUCGUCCAGUUUUCCAGUGAUGAGGUGAGGACGGAUUCAAUUACUUGCCACGACUUCUGUCGACAAUAUAUGUCCAAACGUAUGUUAUUUAUUCCCCUUCUCAUUUCUGUCGGUUACUAUUGCGCUGAAAAAUGAUUCCUUUUUUCUGUUAUCUACGAUAAAAUAAAGCUCAGAGAGAAAACUGAGACAGAGGAAAUCUUAGGGCAUUGGCCUGGUUAUGUGAAUUUCACUUAAGUUAUUUUUAGGCUUGUACUUAAACGGAAGUCUAAUUCCUCGGACGUUCGCAGUGUUUGAUCGAUUGUUUGAAAUGUCAUCAAGUGCACGCGCGACUGCCUCAAAGAAAACAGUGCAGAAUAUUGUAAUGGCGACUGUUGAAUUCUCUCUUGAGAACACUGAAUAAAAGUUUGCGGUCUUUUGCCAAAACCAACUUCCUAUUAACCAACUUCCGAUUAAUUCAGGCCUUUAAUUUUUCUAAAAAUAACUUUGGUGAAAUUCACAUAUCCUAAGAGCUAGACUGGGCGUUUCCCUCUCUUUCCCAUUAAUUAUUAUCCCUUCAUUAAGCCAGGAGCCGAUAAAGCACAAUAUUUCGGCUCUUAGUGUCGGUUUCAGAGCUAUUGUAUUUUACUUAGUUCGAUUGUUAUCCUUUUAGUCUGGACUAAAGUUCUCUGUUGUGAAGAAGGGAUACACAGACUCAAAUCUUCCCAACUUUGGCUUUGUAUCAGUGUAUGGACUUGAUACUGAAGGAAUCGAGUCGCUGAAUAUCGAUGGCAAAGAUAUGAAAACAAAAUCAAGCUUCGAUAAAGACAACAAGGUAAGCGAUAUUCGUCUCUUUUUUAAACCCUUUUAGUCCUAAGAGUGGUCCACAUUAACUUUCUCUUAACAAUAUCAAAACGUCAUCAAGAAAAAAGAUAAUGAGAAUUAAUAAACUGAUCACAGAGGGCAAAAUGCGUUGAUCUUUUAUCCAGUUCUCCCAACUUAUUUCUCCAAGAUCAGUCUGGAAUUAUAAUAUAUGGAUAUUGGGACUUAAAGGGUUAAGCAGCUAUGAACUUUAUCAAAACGCAUUCAUUGGAACGCGUUUAAUCACGUCCAGAAUGCAUUGCAAACCAGAGCUCUGUCGCGAAAAUAGAAGUGCUGAGAUAUGCUGCAAACUAAUUUUACAAGAACAAACCAUUUUUAAAUGUUCAAUUGAUGUCGUUAGCAGCGAUUGUUGAAGUUUUACAUCUUGGUGUUUUUUUUUUUUACAGGGGCCUGAUUCAGUAAUUUUUGUCAGGGGGUGGGGAGAGGGCACACUAUAGAAACCAUUACUUCCCAUCCUUCUAUGCGGUCAUAAAUUAGACCCAUGUUAAGACCCACACUGUCUUGAUACGCACUGCACAUUAGAGAUAUUCUACUCAGGAAAGACCCAGCUUUGAAAUUGCCUUCUCUUGUCUUGAGUGCUUAAAUAACUUUGUCCAGAUUUCAUCAAAUUGAUCAUGUCCCAUGGUUGCAAGGCAACGUCCAGUUGCAACGCAAGUUUUACUUUAAAAGCUAUGAGAAGUUGUUUGCGACUUUUCGGGGUUCAGUUCCAUGGCUGUUAGUUAAGAGCUUAAAAGAUUCUCUGGUCUAACGGAUAUAUUACAGGGGUCGUGGCCAAUCCUUCUGGAUGCGCCACGGCCUUGGACGUGCAAUGCUUGAAUAGAGUAGGUCUUAGAUCAACGAGUAAAGUGGUUUUAUUUAGUUCUCCCUCAUUGACAGGUUUUGAAAAUUACAGAACUCUCACUGAGCAUCAGCGAGGCGCACAGUUUCGAGUGGACCCUUGCUUCACCGAAGGGGACUGGAAGCAAACUACAAACACUGGCCGUUGCAUCGCUCUUAAUACCUCUAAUUGUUAGUUUCGCUUUCAUUAAAGAAUGAGUUGUGUGCCGGAUCAUAACACGUGGGAUUUGGAAAGAAUACCGCAUCGCUGUAUUCUUAAGGUUUAUCAAACUAAAGACUGUGAGAUAUGCGCCAUUAAAAUCGGAAGUUAUGGUUUUAAUAUUAGGGGUGAUAAAUUAAUCGUUGUUUUUAGCGCGAGUUCACAAUACAUAAUUUUACACCGAUAUGAAAUGAGAGAAUUUCCAUGGCAACGUUCCGAAUCAUUUAAUUGACAUGAUGGCCUCAAGGUUACGUUGCGAAUUAAAAUGUCAGGGCAUUAAACGACGUUGUAGACAACGUAAACACACGAAAAAGGAAAAUUUGUUAACAGCAAGAAAGAUUCUCACGAGUAUUCUUGUCGAAAAAUUCAGAAAAUUGUGAAUUUUAAAAUGUAGUUUAAACUUGUGGAGUUCUCAAUAUA